AUGACCCAGGACACCCCCAGCCGAGCCCGGGCCGCCUCCGCCGCCAGCCCCCAUCUCAUCGCCGUCUCCCUCGCCCCGCCCAUCCAUGUCCAGCUCGACCCCGGCCGGCCCACCCGCGCCCGGAUCGACGCCUCGCUCCACACCUACGGCGUCACCACCGGCUUCGGCGCCGCAGCCACCACCCGCACCCACCGCGUCGAGGCCCUCCAGCUGUCGAUCCACACCAUCCCCGAGUCCCUCGUCCGCGCCGCCAUCCUCAUCCGCGCGAACAGCCUCGCCAGGGGCCACUCCGCCGUCCGCAUCCAGCUCCUCGACGCCCUCAUCAGCCUGCUCAACCUCUCCAUCACCCCCAUCGUCCCUCUGCGGGGCACGAUCAGCGCCUCAGGCGACCUUGCCCCGCUCGCAUACGUCGCCGGGGCGAUCUGCGGCCACCCAGACGUCUAUGUGAUCGACCGCAGCUCCGAGGAGCCCAAGAUCAUGAGCAGCCAGGCCUGUCUGCAAGCCCACGGCAUCGCCCCCCUCGUCCUCGGCCCCAAGGAGGGCCUGGCGGUGGCCAACGGGACCGCCUUCAGUGCCGCCGCCGCCUCCCUCGCCGUCUUCCACGCCCACCUGCUCGCGACGCUUGCGCAGGCGCUGACGGCGAUGAGCGUCGAGGCCCUGCUGGGCCAGAUCGGCGCCUUCCAUCCCUUCAUCCACCAGGUCGCCAGACCCCACCACGGCCAGGUCGAGGUGGCCCGGAACAUCUUCCGGCUGCUCCGGACCAGCAAGCUGCUCAACCCCGCCGACCAGCUCGCCGACCAGCUCGACCUCGAGCGCGAGAAGUCCAAGCAGAUCCUGCGCCAGGACCGCUACCCCCUGCGCACAUCGCCCCAGUGGAUCGGGCCCCAGCUCGAGGACCUGCUCGUGGCCCACCAGACCAUCGCCAAGGAACUCAACGUGACCACCGACAACCCGCUGGUCGACGUCGAGAACGGCAUCCUGCACCACGGGGGCAACUUCCAGGCGACGUCGGUAGCGCUGUCGAUGGAGAAGACCCGGCUGGCGAUCGCGGCGCUGGGCAAGAUCAUGUUUGCGCAAGUGACCGAGCUGAACAAUUCGGCGAUGAAUAACGGGCUGCCGUCCUGUCUGAACGGCGCCGAGCCGAGCACGAACUACCACACCAAGGGGCUCGACACCGCCUGUGCGGCCUACUGCUCCGAGCUCCAGCAUCUCGCGGCCCCGCUGACGACCCAUGUCCAGAGCGCCGAGGGCCACAACCAGUCGAUCAAUUCGCUGGCGUUCAUCAGCGCCCGGAAGACGCUCGAGGCCCUCGAGAUCCUCAAAAUGCUGAUGGCGAGCCACCUGUACUGUCUGUGCCAAGCGCUCGACCUGCGGGUGUUCGAGCAACGGCUGAAGGGCCGGCUGCCGGCGGUCUUCGGGACGACGGUGGGCGCGAGCUUCGGGGGGGAGUUGGGGCUGGCGGAGCAAGAGCGGCUGGCGGGGUUGCUGACGGAGGUGUUCUGGGAGCGGCGGCAGAGCACGGCGAGUCUGGACUCUGUGGCGCGGACGAAGACGGGGGUGGAGGCGGGGGUGUGGGAGGUGGUGCGGACGCUGGAGGCGCGGGGCCGGCCGCUCGCCGGCGUCUCCGACUGGGUGCGCGCCACGGAGGAGCGCAUCGGCGCGUGCGAGGCCGCGCUCCGGGCCGAGGGGCUGGACCACCAGACCCCCGCCUACCUCGGCGGCUCCCGCCCGCUCUACCUCUUCGUCCGCGCCGCCCUCGCCAUACCCGUCCGGGUCGGCGACGUCGCUCUAGGCGCACACGGACCCACCGUCGGCGGCAUGGUCGACCGCAUCUUCGACGCCCUCCAGUUCGACACUCUCCCCGCGCCCGCGCCCGCCCAGCUCGUCGCCGUCCUGCGCCAGAUGUUCCCCGACCCGCUUCUGUCGAACGGCGCCCCUUCGUAG